AUGGUAAAAUAUUCUAAAGAAAAACAUAAGAAAAAGCAUCAUCAUCACCGUCAUCGUGACAAAAAAGAUAGUGGUCAUCGUUCAAAAUCACGAUCAUCACGAGAAUCUCGUUCAUCAUCGCAAUCGACUGAUCAAGAUGAAUAUUGUGAGAAGAGUCGUGAACGAAUAUCAACUGGUGAAAAAACUAUGGCACAAAUUGAAAAUGAAAGAGAAAAAUUACGCUUAGAAAAAAAGAAACAACGUGCAUUAGUGAAAACUAUUGAAACACCGCAAGAAAAACGUUUGAGACGUUUAGCAAAAAAAACGGAAAAAGAACGACGACGAAAAUCAGAAUUAGGUUGGGGUGAAGAACAUAUGGAUAUGAAUAAUACAAAUAAUCCAUUUGGUGAUGAUAAAUUAUUAGAAAAUUUUGUUUGGGUAAAGAAAUUGGAGCGUCAGGGUUAUACAAAUUUACCCGUUGCUCAAUUAAACAAUAUAACAAAGCAAAGAGUAGAGGAAAACAAAUCUGAACUUGAGAAAUUGAAACGACAACGUUUAGAACGUGAACGUCAAAAAGAAGAAAUGGAUAAAGAAAAAGAAUUUUUACAACGUUUGAAGGAAGCUGACUAUUAUCGUGAAUGGGAAAAACAAGAAGAUUCGUUUCAUUUCAAUCAAGUUAAAUUACGAUCAAAUAUUCGUAUUUUUGAUGGUCGUGCAAAACCCAUUGAUCUAUUAGCACGUUACAUAUCGGAAGAAGAUGACAAAGAUUUAUCAGUUGAAAUACAUGAACCAUCGACCUAUCUUAAUGGUUUAAGUAUUCGUGAUUUAGAAGAUUUAUUGGCAGAUAUACGAGUUUAUACUGAAUUAGAAAUUCAAUCACAACGUCAAUAUGAUAAACAAUAUUGGUUUGAUAUUACAUUAAUUACAGAAGAUGAAUUGCAAAAAUUAAAAAAAUUACAAAAUAAUUUAUUAAAUGAUGUUGGUGAUCGACGUGAGGGAAUUAAUCAAGCUGUAGUAACCGAUGUAAAUGAAACAUUUAAGAAUAAAACUCAUCAACAAUUAGAACAAUUAGAAGAACGAAUAAAAUCAAAAAUUGAAAAAGAAAAAGAAAUUGAUAUUGGUUAUUGGGAAUCGUUGUUAGUACAAUUACAAGCACAUAUGGCACGUGCACGAUUAAAAGAUCGACAUCAAUUCAAUUUACGUAAAAAAUUACGACAAAUUAAAGAUGAACAAGGUAUUUUUGCUGUUCCACAACAACCUUCAAGUAGUCCACUCUUUCCGUCAACCGUCGUUGUACAAUUGAAAAAAGAAAAAGAUACAAAUGGUAACGAUGACGAUGAUGAUAAUGAAGAAGAACAAGUAGAAACAGAACAAUCACAAGAUAAUAAUGAAGAAGAAACAAAAUGUAUUAAAGAUUAUGAAUCAGGUCGAUAUAGUCCACAAUUAUUAACACAAGCUGAUUUGAAUCUUGAACAAUAUAUUGACGAUGAACUAGUAGAUAAAGAUAAAUUAGAACGACAACGACAAGAAGUUCGAAAGACAGGAUCAAUCAAACCUGAUGUUGAAGAUGCAUUUGAAAAAUUUGCUCGUGAUAUGGGAAGUUUAACAGUGGAUGAUACAUCAAUUAAUGGUGUUGUACCGUUAGAUAUUCAAUAUUUAUGGUCAGAUAAAUAUCGACCAAGAAAGCCGAGAUUUUUCAAUAAAGUUCAUACGGGUUAUGAUUGGAAUCAAUAUAAUAAAAAACAUUAUGAUACUGACAAUCCACCACCAAAAACUGUUCAAGGUUACAAAUUCAAUAUAUUCUAUCCAGAUCUUAUUGAUAAAACAAAAACACCAUCUUAUAAUUUAACAAUAUGUGAAGAUAAUCGUGAUUUUGGUAUUCUGAAAUUUCAUGCUGGACCACCCUAUGAGGAUAUUGCCUUCAAAAUUGUCAGUAAAGAAUGGGAUUAUUCAUAUAAACAUGGUUUCCGCUGUCAAUUUCAAAAUGGUAUGUUUCAAUUAUGGUUUCAUUUUCGAAAAUGGAAAUAUCGUCGAUAA